CAAUCCAUUUACUUAAAAUAUCACAAAUCCAUUUAACUCUUAAAUCUCAAAAAGAUUAUUUAUUUCUGUAAAUCACAUUACCUUCAGUUUGAUUCUGUCUUGUUCAAAACAUGACUAUUGCUUUACCCAUUGGAGGAAACGUGUUCUCGGGUCUAUCCGGAUCAAAGUCCAGCAGAAGAAAGAACCCCAAGAUGCUAAACAGAACAAGAGUCGUUUGUUCUUCAUCUUCUAUAAUGGAUCCUUAUAAGACCCUUAAGAUCCGACCCGAUUCAUCCGAAUACGAGGUCAAGCAAGCUUUCAGACAACUCGCCAAAAAGCAUCAUCCUGAUGUUUGUAGAGGAAAUAACUGUGGGGUACAGUUUCAAACAAUCAACGAAGCUUACAAUAUUGUGUUGAAGCAAAUAAAGAAUCAGAUGGAGGGAACAGAGGAGUUUCAGCCGUUCGAUGUAUAUGACGAGGGGUUCAACGGAAUGAAUGAUCCAGAUUGCGACACGUGGGAGGAAUGGAUGGGAUGGGAAGGUGCAGGAACCAGAGAUUACUCUUCUCACGUCAAUCCUUACGCUUGAAGUAAUGAUCCGAAUUGCACAUAAAUAACAGCCGAGACUGAAAUGGAACAAUGUAAAUAUAGGUGACGUCCAUGGGACUUAAAAAUGUGAAUAAACGAGUAAUUUCUCCAAUCAUGUGAAUCUCAAACGUGAACAUGCAAGCAAUAAUACCAUUAGACUUGUAAUGUUUAUGUCUUGACUUUAAAAACCGUCAAGGGUGAAGAAGUUCUAUGAUUUUUGUAAAAUCAAUUGUUAGACCAAAUCAUUCUUUUCAA